AUGGACACGUCCACAAUAGGCGAUACGAGCAAGUUGCAGCAGAAUGGCAAGCACAAGAGGGGGGUUCACGAAGAGGAAACAGAACUGGAGGCAUCUGCAAAGCGCAAAUGCCAACUACCACAGUAUAACUUUGUCAAGUUUUGCUACAGACAUAAUCCCGAUAUCCAGAGCUCUCCAACGCAUACGGCAUGUUUCAAACAAGACCAACAGAGGUACACAGAACUAAACAAUAAGAUAGUUAAGCUGCCGCCGGCGGAACAACAGCAAGUUAAGGACGUAACCACCACAUUUUCUAAAUCCAACGACAAAGUCAGAAAGCUGCUACUGGAGAGCAUUCUCACAACGUGCUGUUUUCCACAACUGUCAUUCGUGGCAUCAGAGGUGCACAAGAUGAUUAAAAUCGACUUUAUAGGUACGCUUCCGGAGGAGAUAUCCAUCAAGAUUCUAGGCUACUUAGACUGCCAGAGUCUUUGUAAUGCAGCCAAGGUAUGUCGGCGUUGGCAAGUACUAGCAGACGAUGAUCGGGUGUGGUAUCAUAUGUGUCAGCAACAUAUAGACCGCAAAUGCCCCAACUGCGGGUGGGGGCUGCCACUCUUGCAUAUGAAAAGAGCGAGAUUCAUCGAACCAACUGAACCCACUGUGGAUAAUCACACACAAGGCAACGGUCAGCCGGUCAACGGUGCCGGUCACAAGCCUGAACACGCGCAUUCAGAUGUCAGUGCCACCGCAUCCUCAUCCAAUAGCGGGCGCAAGACACGGCCAUGGAAAGUAAUUUACCGUGAGCGAUUCAAAGUCGAAUCCAACUGGCGGAAAGGCGCGUGCCACAUUCAGGAAUUCAAGGGCCAUAUGGACGGUGUACUGUCGUUGCAAUUUAAUUUCAGAUUUCUGUUUACAGGUUCUUACGACUCUACGGUGGCAAUCUGGGACUUGGCUUCAGGUAAGUUGGUGCGCCGUCUCACGGGCCACCACGAUGGUGUCAAAUCGCUAUAUUUCGAUGAUCAAAAACUAAUAACUGGGUCUCUUGACCGCACCAUCCGUGUGUGGAAUUACGCCACGGGCGCAUGUGUAUCCACGUACCGUGGACACUCGGACAGCGUGCUAAGUGUGGACUCUUACAAGAAGAUUAUUGUAUCGGGUUCCGCCGACAAAACGGUCAAGGUAUGGCAUGUGGAGUCGCGUACAUGUUACACGCUGCGUGGCCACACGGAGUGGGUCAACAGUGUAAAGUUGCAUCCAAAGAGCUUUACAUGCUUCAGUGGUAGUGAUGACACGACCAUCCGCAUGUGGGAUAUCCGCACCAACGUGUGCCUGAAAGUGUUCCGCGGUCAUGUUGGCCAGGUGCAAAAAGUGAUACCAUUAAACAUUGUCGACAUUGAAAAUCUUGUGACAGAUUCCCAAAAUGAGGUGCAGCGCAGUGCUGCCACCGAGCCGGAUGAACAGAUGGCCCCGAUGGAUGAUGCGCUUCCGUACCCAACUCACAUUCUUUCAUGUUCGCUGGACAACACCAUCAAGCUUUGGGAGGUCAAGACAGGUAGAUGUGUACGUACGCAUUUUGGCCAUGUAGAAGGUGUGUGGGACAUUGCAGCGGACAAUUUCCGUAUAAUCAGUGGUGCACAUGACAAGACUGUCAAGGUUUGGGAUCUACAAAGUGGGAAAUGCAUCCACACGUUCAAGGGCCACGAUGCACCCAUUACGUGCGUGGCUAUUGGUGACUCGGAGUUUGUGAGCGGCGACGAAUUGGGAUGUGUCAAACUGCAUCGUUUCGACUGA